UAUUCAUGAGGGCCAGCUUCGCUUGGAGACCCUUGUCGUGCACACAGUCAGCUAGUCCACCAGUCAGGACUUCAAAGGCAGGAGGGGGUGUUUGUCCGUGAGAAGUGCGAGUGACAGAAAGACAGACGCAGGGACAAUGAGAGGAGCUGAGAGUGUAAUAGCACAGAGUAGAGGGCAGUAGAUGGAGACAAAGUUUGGGGGGAGAGUAAAAGAGAUAGUGACAAACAGCACAGUGAGAGAUAGUCUACAAUUUUCAAAAUCUGCAGAAGAGAGGGAGCUAAGUGAUAAAGAGAAGAAGAGGCAGGGCAAGCCGGCACAAACAGACGUCUAUUUUUCUCCUCUUCAGAGCAUGGUGGCAGAGUGCACAUGGAUUUAGUCGACCUCUACCUCCCAGAGUGUUUUACCUACCACUCUGAAACAGAUCAUUUGGACAGGAUGUCAGUGAGGGGCUUGGACCCCACCUGUCCCUCCACUAUAAAGCGUGAGCCCUCCAGCCCCAGCCCCAGCUCUCAGGGCGACGUCAGCCCGGCCCAGCCGAGCCCUGGAAGCUCUUCCUCCGACACAAACUCCAGCUACGGGCACCUGAUCAAAGGCCAUCACAAUCACAGCAAUGGGCUGGACUCACCAGGCCUCUAUGGUCACACAGCGCCAUUGGCCAACAAUGGAGGAGCAAAUAGGAGGUUUGUGGAGGAGGAAAGCCAAGUGAAGUGUGAAUUCAUGCUGGGCUCGGUGGCCAAGCGCGUGUGUCUGGUGUGCGGUGACGUUGCCUCGGGCUACCACUAUGGCGUGGCCUCCUGUGAAGCCUGCAAGGCCUUCUUUAAGAGGACCAUCCAGGGUAACAUUGAAUACAGCUGCCCAGCGUCCAAUGAAUGCGAAAUCACCAAGAGAAGGAGGAAAUCCUGCCAGGCCUGUCGAUUUGUGAAAUGUCUGGCUGUAGGCAUGUUGCGAGAAGGUGUGCGUCUGGACCGGGUUCGAGGCGGCAGACAGAAGUACAAGAGGAGAAUCGACGCUGAGAACAGCCCGUAUCUGCACCCACAGAAUGCCUUGCCCCAAAAAAGAACAUUUAUUGUUGGCGGAGUGGCAGAAAACAAGGUGGUGUCUCUGCUGCUGGUGGCCGAGCCAGAAGGCAUCUUCGCCAUGCCGGACCCCACUGUACCUGAGAGCGACAUCAAGGCUCUGACCACGCUGUGCGACCUGGCUGACAGAGAGCUGGUGGUCAACAUCGGCUGGGCCAAACACAUCCCAGGCUUCCCCUCCCUCUCUCUGGCUGACCAGAUGAGUCUACUGCAGAGCGGCUGGAUGGAGAUUUUGAUUCUUCGAGUGGUGUUCCGCUCGCUACCCUUGGAGGACAAGCUGGUGUACGCUGAGGACUACAUCAUGGACGAGGAGCAGUCCAAGCUGGCCGGGUUACUCGACCUCAACAACGCCAUCCUGCAGCUGGUGAAGAAGUAUAAAGCCAUGGGGCUGGAGAAGGAGGAGUUUGUGGUCCUCAAGGCCAUUGCGCUCGCUAACUCAGACUCCAUGCAAAUUGAGGAUUCCGAGGCCGUUCAGAGACUCCAGGACGUCCUUCACGGGGCCCUACAGGACUACGAGACCACCCACCGUCCUGAGGACCCUCGGCGGGCCGGCAAACUGAUCAUGACCCUCCCUCUCCUCCGUCAGACAGCCGCUCGUGCUGUCCAGCACUUCUGCAGCAUCAAACAGGACGGCCGUGUGCCCAUGCACAAACUGUUCCUCGAACUGCUGGAAGCCAAAGCCUGACCCGAACACAGACAGCCAUCGGCCUGGUCCUGCCCCCCCCCCCCGACGCAGCGGGUUAGGAUGACAGGGAGUGAAGGAUAAUGGGUAACGAUGGGGUUUGACACUAUGUAUUUUUCCAUUUCAGCUUUGACAAGUUUUGAAUCUGCAAUCGUCGGGAAGUCUGUUCUGUAGGCGAGCAGAUGGAACAGUUUUAGAGCAACUAAUCUACUCCCAAUGAAAGUUUGAGUGGAGCAGUUUAAUUUGCAUUUAGUGUCUCCGUGACAUUGUCAUCUUCGCUGUUUGUGACACUAAUUUAAGCACGUUGACCUGCUUCGAAAGUUUGAAGGCAGACGGACAGGGAGCAUCAAAGCAGAAGAAAUUGCCUUCUAGAGAUAUUUACGGUAACACGCCAAAAGUAGAGCUUCUUUUGUCAAAAGACCACCUGGUACUUGAAGAUCCUGACGGAUUAUUUCAUUCAUCUUGAAGCCUGUUAAUCUGCAUUCUAGAGCCUUUUGAUGAUUUGAUAUUGUUUUCCUUUUUUGUAUAAAGGUAAAUGUGUCCUAAGAGGUAAGUCUUGCCAAAGAGUAAAGACUCACACUUUUAAUACCAGCAUAUGUCCACAAUAAUAUAAUAUGGCCUAUAAGACAUUUCACAUAAACCUGCAUCCCUGCUGUGUUGAGUAAUCCAGAAGUAUCUAUCCACUACAUUCAUAUAUACAUGAUUAAAGGGAAGCUAUUAAAUCUCAUAAAACAAUAACUGGUCUCCUGAUUUUAGUAGAAAAUGUCAGGGAAAUAGUACUUAUUGAGACAUGAUAAAGUUGUACAAUAGCAAAGUGAUAUUUAUUUAAAAGUGUCUCUGUUUGUUUGCUGUUUUUUAUUUACUAAUGUGGCAUUAAUGAAGAGUAGAUUCAAGCAAUUACAGUGGAUAAUAAUUUUUUUAAAGAUUUUUAAAUGAUAUUUAAAUGAAUAAUUUUUUUACUAGCUUCUCUGCUACAGCACUGAUACCUAUGUGUACCAUAUCAUGGAAUUCAAGGCAACAUGAUUACAAUUGGAGUGCGUAUUUGAAGAUCAUAAUGUUGUAGAGUUGUGGUAGACAUGUAGAUAUAACUUUAACUAUGUAAAAUGGCUGCCAUACUGUAUAAUCUGGAUUAGCGAGACAUUUGAUGUCUUUUCUACUGUAGAAGUCUAGGUGUAGGAUGAAAUUUGUGCACAAAAUCUUCCUUUUAGCCAUAAUGUUUGGGGAAACUGGUGAUGGCGCUCUGUUAAUCUGUUAGUGUGUUUUGUGUGAAGAGUAGUUAUAUCUGAAAUUUGUCUUUUUUGUUCGCACACAUUAAAUGAAGGGAUGAAACUUGGAAGGAAAUUGAAUGCAAUGAAAAAGUCAUACUAUUGUGUGGAUAAAGGAGGCGCUACAAUGUGCAUAUUUUCAUGACAAGAUGAUUAAAUGUAUGUUUUGCUGUAUAUACGUCAUGUCUUAUGCCAACAGAGAUGUUUGAAGAUGCAAAUAUACUUUUUUUGGGUGAGAUGUGCCGUGCUAUUUCAUUCUCAGGUGGAUUCUUGGGCAAUAAAGAUGAUCCCCUUAAUGCAAAGCUCA